ACACAAUGUGUUAUUAUUUGUUCACGAGAAGCAAAAUGGGAAUGCCCAACAGAUUGUUCUAUAUACUCGCAUGUGCCAUUUUCAUUGUUGCUGUGAAGUGCCUUAGUGGAAACGCCACUACAAGAGGAAGAGAGGAAGGAAAUGUGACGUCAACUUCUGAUGGAAAUGCGACGGAAGUUUUCAAUGAAGAUGUGGUUAGAGAAUGUGACACACCGAAUCAUAAACCUGGAAUCUGCGUCGACAUCAGAAAAUGUGAAAUUCUCCUAAAGCAACUGCUAAAUAAAGAGGCGUGGCCUUUUUUACGGGCAUCCAUAUGUAAACAACCAAGCAUAAACGACCUUUAUCCGAAAGUGUGUUGUGGGGAGGACGAUAACUUUACAAAUGACAGCAAAGUUGCUGGAAUGGAUAUUUUACCGAAAAACUGUGGUCAUCAGAACUACUCGUCCGGCAGCCGAGUAGUUGGCGGCCGGCCAGCAGGUCUAGGCGAAUACCCUUGGAUGGUUCUUCUUUUGCACACAAAUAAGUACGGUGCGGUCGGACUUAAAUGCACCGGUUUUUUGAUACACCUAAAGUACGUCAUCACAGUGGCCCAUUGUACCCAUCCCUCUUCCAUUAAUAGUCAAAGAGGACCGAUAACUUCAGUUUUGUUGGGAGAACAUAAUAUUGUAACUGCUAGGGAUUGCUCUUCAGAUAUGUGUGACAAUAAUACUCAGUUUCGUAAAAUUGACAAAGUGACUACCCAUCCUGAUUACGAUCCCACUAGGUCAGGAUAUUACAAUGAUAUCGCUAUUAUCAAAUUAAAACAAAAUGCUCUUGAGACAGGGUACUAUCUGCUGGAGCACCAUCAUGCUGAUAUUAGCAUUCCACAUAACGCAUAA